AUGAAGACCACCAUUCUCAGCGUCACUACUGGCGUUCUGGUCCUCUUCGGUACUACCCAGGCCUUCGAGGUCCCGGACAUCGUGCCCGCUGUCACCUUCAACAUGCCCAUCAACAUCACUGACAAGAACAACGCCACCGUCCCUAUCACUAGCACCAUCCAGCAAGCUGUAGCCAAAAUGGAGACCGACUACCCCGGCUGGAAAGCCGCCUUCCAGGGAGAAGAGAAGACCGUCACCAUCAACAUCGAGGAUGGCAUCGCGUACCUCUCGGAUCUGCCCGGCCUCACCCAGAACGACACCGGCCAGUGCGGCCGCGUGAGCUGCUCGUGCAACUCGGCCAUUCUCUGGCGCAACACCUUCGCCCACACCUCCACCCCCGAUUUCACCUGGACCCUCCCCAUUAACCUCAACGACCCCAACAGCGCCACCGUAACCAUCACCGGCACCAUCGAAAAUGCCGUUGCCAAGAUGGAUACCGACUAUCCCGGGUGGAACGCUACCUUCAUGGCGAGGGACCCUCACCCCUCUGACGGUGAUAGAGAUGAUGAGGAGCCUCUUCAAAAUGGCACCUUCAACUGCCGUCCUGACCAUGAAGGCUGGGCUAACAGAGGUGCCAUCAGGGACGGGAUUCAAUACCUCCGUAAAGUUCCUGGCACGGCGAAGACGGAGCUGGGCCCGACAACUGCGGCCGAUGACGUUGAGAAGGAGCUUGAGUGGAAUGACAUUGCCGAUGCUGCCCGUGAUAUCACCUAUAAAUGCUGGUUUGACGUCAAUGUCAACGUGAUCAGACGGCAUGUCGAUUACGAUGAUAAGUGGGGAGUCAUCCUUGUCCACGUCUCCGUCGCUGAAGAUGUCCACAAUGUUACCUGGAACCUGCCCAUCAAUCCCGCCGACGAUAACAGCGCUACCGUAACCAUUACCGGCACUAUCUAG